AUGUGGUGGCUGCUGCUGGCCCUGCUCUGCCUCCAGCUUGGGGAGGGGAUGGUGAGGAUCCCCCUGAGGAAAGGCAGGUCCUUGCGGGAGGUGAUGAGAGAGAAAGGGGUGCCAGAGGGAUUCCUGAAGGACCCCAGAGGGGAUCCUGGUAGGAAAUACCAGCUCAUUAACGCUGUGGCUUAUGAACCACUAACAAACUACCUGGAUUCCUUCUACUUCGGGGAGAUCAGCAUUGGCACCCCCCCUCAAAACUUCCUGGUGCUCUUCGACACCGGCUCUGCCAACCUGUGGGUUCCCUCCACCUACUGCCAGACCCCAGCCUGUGAAGAUCAUGCCAGGUUCAACUCCAGCCUGUCGUCCACCUUCUCAGGCACUGAUGUGACCUACACCCUCAGCUACGGGUUCGGUGACCUGUCGGUGGCCUUAGGGUACGACACGGUGACAAUCCAGAACAUCAUCAUCAGGAACCAGGAGUUUGGCCUGAGCCUGGAUGAGCCCAGCAGACCCUUUUACUACCUGGACUUCGAUGGGAUUUUGGGCAUGUCUUACCCAGGCGUUGGUAUUGAGGGCUACAACACGCUGAUGCAGAACAUGCUGCAGCAGAACCAGCUUGAGGAACCCAUCUUCAGCUUCUACUACUCACGCAACCCGACCUAUAGUUACGGUGGAGAAGUCAUCCUUGGAGGGGUUGACCCCCAGCUGUACUCUGGGGAGGUUUUGUGGGCUCCUGUGGUCCAGGAAUUGUACUGGAAGAUUGGGAUUGAGGAGUUCUCCAUCGGGCCAUCAGCCACUGGCUGGUGCAGCCAAGGCUGUCAUGGCAUUGUGGACACCGGGACGUUCCUGCUGACCAUCCCAGGACAAUUCAUGUUAACCUUCCUGCAGGCACUGGGUGCGGAGGAGAGUGACCAAGGGUUCGUCGUUGACUGUGGCAGUGUCCCCACCAUGCCCACUCUCUACUUUGCCAUCAGUGGAGCUCAGUUACCGCUGCCCCCCUCUGUCUAUGUCUUAAAUAACGAUGGUGUUUGCACUGUUGGGGUCGAGAGCACGUACGUGCCCUCUGCCAGCGGCCAGCCACUCUGGAUCCUCGGGAACAUCUUCCUCCGGCAGUGGUACUCCAUCUUUGACAUGGCCAACAACAGAGUGGGCUUUGCCCUCUCAGUUUAG